AUUAUUUUUAUUUUUGUUUGUUUAUUUAAUUUUAAACCAAAGGUAUUAGGGAUAUUUUAUCCUUUAAUGAAUGUCAUUUUUGUGACUUUCUCCUUCUAGUGCUAUUUUUGAGACAUAAACUUCAAAAGGUGCUAUUAUUGAUAAUUGCCCUUAUCAAUAAUUUUAGAUCUUUUAACUCAAGAUAAACCAGCUUAAUUGUUAAAAACAGUUGUCCAACGUUGAUAUUUAUAAAUUCUUAUAUAUACAUGAUUAAGGUUAACUUAAGAAUCAUUGUGAUAGACAUGUGUUUAUCAAUUGUCGUUACCCGUAUUCGAAGAUGUCUUUCACACAUCAGAGUGUGGAAUGGAUUAAAACUCGACUUUUUGGUAAUUAACAAAUUAUAUUAACACAGAAAUCGUGUGGUGGAGAGGAAAUGUUUUCGUAUAAUUCCAUAAACGGAAAUACUACUCGAGUAUCGUGACUCGAACACAAAGGAAUAUACCCAAAACGUGUAGGUCUAGUUUUGUCUUUACGCUUUACGGUCCGAAAGAGAGUUAGUUAAAUCACUAAUCAAAUCCCCCACUAUAAAUGAAUCAUUUUCUCAGGCUUCGUACUUAUUAUGGGCCUAAUGUUCCAUACUGGGCCUUCUAAAUUUUGUGAGUACGUUUGACUUUUUCAAAAAGGAUAUUUUGGGUAUUUCAGGUCUUAUGAUUGGACUGGUUAUAUAAAUAUUCCACAGAAAAAUUCAACGGUCUGCCAAUUCGCGGUUAUUACGUUUGCGUUCUCUCCUCCUUUCUCGUUACGGACUCGUCGGAGACCGAAUCGCGCCGGACGGUUUGAGUGAUCGGAGCUGAUCGCCGUUGUUCAGAUGGAGAGUUUGAUUUCGCUUGUGAAUAAGAUACAGAGAGCUUGUACGGCUCUGGGAGAUCACGGCGAGGGAAGCUCCCUCCCGACUCUCUGGGACUCCUUGCCUGCCAUUGCCGUCGUCGGUGGUCAGAGUUCUGGAAAGUCUUCAGUGCUAGAGAGCGUUGUGGGGAAAGAUUUUUUGCCUCGUGGAGCAGGGAUUGUUACACGUAGACCUCUUGUCCUGCAGCUUCACAGAAUUGAUGAAGGCAAAGAGUAUGCUGAGUUUAUGCAUCUUCCCAAGAAAAAGUUCACUGAUUUUGGUAUAUUCUUCUUGUCACUAUUGUGGCGUACAGAUUCUUCUCAUCUGGUUUUAUUAUGUUGGAGAUGUUCAUUUCUUCUUUAUUGGUAUGCAGCUGCUGUGAGGAAAGAGAUCUCAGAUGAGACUGAUCGUGAAACUGGUCCCAGCAGCAAAGUUAUAUCUACGGUCCCAAUUCAUCUCAGCAUCUUCUCCCCUAAUGUUGUGAAUUUGACACUGGUUGAUCUUCCUGGUCUUACAAAGGUAGCUGUUGAUGGUCAGCCUGAAAGCAUUGUUCAAGACAUCGAGAACAUGGUCAGAUCAUUUAUUGAAAAGCCCAACUGCAUCAUACUAGCUAUUUCCCCUGCAAAUCAAGAUCUUGCUACGUCUGAUGCCAUUAAGAUCUCUCGUGAAGUUGAUCCAAAAGGAGACAGAACUUUUGGAGUUUUAACAAAAAUUGAUCUCAUGGACCAGGGCACUAAUGCAGUUGACAUACUUGAAGGAAGGGGAUACAAACUAAGGUAUCCUUGGGUUGGCGUUGUGAACCGGUCUCAAGCUGACAUCAAUAAAAGUGUUGAUAUGAUUGCUGCUCGUCGGCGUGAACGUGAUUAUUUCAAGAGCACCCCAGAGUACAGUCAUUUAACUGAAAGAAUGGGUUCAGAGUAUCUAGGAAAGAUGCUCUCCAAGCAUUUGGAAGUUGUUAUCAAGUCUAGAAUUCCGGGACUUCAGGCUCUUAUCACAAAGACUAUCUCCGAGCUAGAGACAGAGCUGAGCCGUCUAGGCAAACCUGUAGCAGCUGAUGCUGGUGGCAAACUGUAUAUGAUCAUGGAGAUUUGUCGUGCUUUUGAUCAAACGUUCAAAGAACAUCUUGACGGCACACGAUCAGGUGGUGAAAAGGUAAACUCUGUGUUCGACAAUCAAUUCCCAGCUGCCAUUAAAAGACUGCAGUUCGACAAGCAUCUCUCCAUGGACAAUGUAAGGAAACUGAUCACUGAAGCAGAUGGAUAUCAACCGCAUCUCAUAGCUCCUGAACAAGGUUACCGUCGUCUCAUAGAAUCAUGCUUAGUCUCCAUUAGAGGCCCAGCUGAAGCAGCUGUUGACGCGGUUCAUUCCAUUCUCAAGGAUCUUAUCCACAAAUCCAUCGGCGAAACAUCUGAACUGAAGCAAUAUCCAACACUGAGAGUGGAAGUAUCAGGCGCAGCGGUGGAUUCACUUGAUCGAAUGAGAGACGAGAGCAGGAAAGCAACUCUGCUUCUAGUGGACAUGGAGUCUGGUUACUUAACAGUCGAGUUCUUCAGGAAACUCCCACAAGAUUCUGAGAAAGGAGGGAAUCCAACACAUUCGAUAUUCGACAGGUACAACGAUGCUUAUCUCAGAAGAAUCGGUUCCAAUGUUCUGUCUUACGUGAACAUGGUCUGCGCUGGAUUGAGAAACUCGAUCCCAAAAUCCAUCGUUUAUUGUCAAGUCCGUGAAGCGAAACGAAGCCUUCUUGAUAUCUUCUUCACGGAACUUGGCCAGAAAGAGAUGAGUAAGCUGUCGAAGUUGUUGGAUGAGGAUCCUGCGGUUCAGCAGAGAAGGACUUCGAUUGCAAAGAGGCUUGAACUUUAUCGAAGUGCUCAGACAGAUAUUGAAGCAGUUGCUUGGUCUAAGUAGAGAGAGUGUUUCUUUAUAUGACACGUUCUUUUCUCUCCCUUUUCUCAUUGUUUUCUUUUAUUCGUUGUUCGAGUUAACAUUGUUUUUGAAUAAGUUUUGUAAGACAAUAGACAAGUUUCUUUUUGGAGCAUGAAGAUGGUUUAUCAGAUUAAUAAAAAUUAGGAUUCACGGACAAAAA